UAUAAAUGAAGAUGAAGAUAUCGAAAAAGCAAUAAAAAAUAUUCGAGAAACAACUGUAGCAAAUAUUAAAUCGGAUCGAAAAAAUAUCAAUAAGAAUAAAUCUAAACUUCCUAAGAUCUCUAAUUGGUAUCAGUUUAAAUAUCCAGUAGAAGGUGAAUUUGCAAGUUUUUUGUGUGCUCGACCUCUUCCACAUUUUGGUCCUGAUCUUAGCCGACUAACGAAAGAUGCGAUCAAAAAAGAAUUGAACAAAAGAGGUAUAGAAUAUGAUGAAGAACAGGAUAAGUCAGAGCUAGUCAUUAUAUUAAAGACAAAUAUACAAUCCAAAAUCUUAGAUAUAAUUGAAGCAACACGGCAAGUAGCCAGCACAAAUAAUUUCGUAGAAGAAAAGAUAAUUAUGAGUUCUAAAAUGCAAGAGAAUAAAAAAAAACAAGUAUUGAAAGAAAUGCAAGAAUUUGGAAAAUGGGGAGGAUGUAAAUAUAUGACAGCUCAUAUAACAGAAUUAUUAAAAAGCUUUUUUCAUGCUGGUGAUAUUGACAAAAGCGAACGGUAUAGUGCAAAAGACAUGCUUGAUGCAUUAGAAAAAAGGGCGGAAACGGGAGAAUUAGAAAAUAGUGAGAUACUAAAGCUUAAGACUAUCGAAAAUUGGAUUGGACGUUAUGCACAGCAGUAUAAAAAGGAGUUAGCUGAAAAAGCACAAACUUUGAUAUAA